UUUAAAAAGCAUUAUAUCGUCGCCAAUGCUGGAAUGGAAUCCCAAAACACCAACGAAAUCGAACAAAUCUCCGACGACAUUCCGUCACACAAUUCCGUCACCGUCGGCGAAUCAGAUCCUUCCGCGUCAGCCUUAUCAUCUACACUCCGUCACCGUUUAUUCUCCCGGCAAGGAACCACUUCCAAAGAACCCGCCGUAGAUUCCCUCGUAAAAGAAAUCCAUUCGAAAACAUACAAAUUCAGCCGCGAUCCGAAACCAAGCGAUGCCUCUUCUUCUUCUUCUUCCGAGGUAAUCGAGUCAACGCACCUCGAAUCAACCAUCACCGCCGCUCGAGCUCAUAACUCACCCGAACUCACCGACCCAAUACGCAUUACCUGGAAUUUACUAUUUUUCACAUCUCGUUUAGUCAUAAACCCAACCUAUUUCCUCUUGAAACUGAUUAUAAGAUCCAUUACAUUUCCCAUAUCAAUAUUGAGUCACUGCAUCAUCUUAAUAAUCGACCCUUCUAGACCAUUGAAACAAAUCAAAGCUUAUUUGAUUUCAAAAUUGAUCAAAUUAUGGUUCGAUUCACCUUGUGGGCGGCUCAUUUUCAAAACCUGGCGGGGAAUUUUGUGGGUUGCUUAUUUAGGGUUUGUUCUAUGUGGGUUAUUGUUUACUUCACUUGUGAUUAGUUGGAUUUUAAUGGGGUAUUUAGUGGAGAAACCAUUGGAGAUUAAAGAAACUUUGAAUUUUGAUUAUACAAACGGUAGUCCGGUUGCUUAUGUUCCUAUUAUAUCUUGUGCUGCUGUUGGUUGUGGGGUGAGAUGUAUGGGGAAGAAUUUAGGGUCUGGAAUUAUACCUCCCUUUCAUGAUUUGCAGGUUACCGUUUCUUUGACAUUGCCGGAAUCGGAUUACAAUAGGAAUUUGGGGAUGUUUCAGGUAAGGACAGAUUUCAUCUCUAUUAAGGGCGAAACACUUGACAGUUCUAGCCAUCCAUGCAUGAUGAGAUUUAAAAGCUUACCUAUUCGCCUUCUUUUAACAUUAUUCAAGGCCGUACCACUUGUCACCGGCUUUAUCUCUGAAGUCCAAACAUUGAAUGUGAAACUCAAAGAUUUGAACCAAGGCACUGAGCCCACCGCUUGCUUAAAGGUAGUGCUCGAACAACGACCGGCACAUGGUCCGGGCGCUGGUAUCCCCGACCUAUACGGUGCAUCCCUUGUCCUCGAAUCCAAACUUCCUUUCAUCAAAAGAAUUAUAUGGUAUUGGAGAAAAACCUUAUUCAUUUGGGUUAGCAUCAUGUCGUUUGUUUCGGAGUUAUUGUUUAUGUCGGUCUGUUGUAGAUGUGUUCUCGUUCCGGCAACAAGGAAAACAACCGGUUCUACCGGCAACUGAUCUACGUAGAAUCGAUGAAAAGCUUGGAUUUGAAGCCAUCUGGGGUUUCAUGGUGAUAAAUCAUUUGCAUACAAAUUCACUUCAAUUUUGAUAGGGCAUGUUAGCUUCUUCUUUUUCAACAAUUUUUUUAAUCCAUGAUGUAUAUAUAAUAUUUGGCUAGUGACAUGUAAUCAUCUGAGGUCAUUUUGAAUACAUUAAAAAAUCUAAACAAAAUAAUACUCGUAUGU